CUCAAUUUAAAAGUUUCAGUUUGUUUUGUUUAUGUUCUUUAAUUAAGUCAUUUUAAAUAGUAGAAUCUGAGUAUUUACAAACGAAACUCGAUUAAAAAUGGGCGCACCUAUUGAAGUUAAGUUAGAUUGCAUAUCUAUGAAAAAAGAUUUAUUACGAGGCAUUUACAAUUGUUCUCAAAGAGGUUUAAACCAAUCGGUAAAGUGGCUGUCGGAGAUUAAUUUUUCCUUAAAAAAUAUAAAUUUGCCCCCCGAAGACAAGCUAAUUAAGAACGAUGAUUUGGAAGAAGAAAUGGAUGAUUAUUUUUUAGCUAAAUCUUAUUUCGACCUAAAGGAGUAUGACAGAUGUUCGCAUUUUUUAAAGGAUUGCGUUAAAGCGAAAUCUAAGUUUUUGUAUUAUUACUCAAAGUAUUUAUCUAUCGAAAAGAAAAAACUAGAAGAUUACAUAAUACAUACGAAUUCAGUGCAGAACUCUGUUAAAAACGAAUCCCUUAUAGAUUUAUGUACAACGUUAAAGAUCGAGCGUUUUGAAAACAAGUUGGACGGUUAUUGUUUAUAUUUAUACGGAGUGAUUCUGAAGAAAUUGGAUAUAAUUCCACUCGCAAUAGAAGUGUUUAUUGAAGCUGUAAAUGCAGAACCCAUAUUGUGGAGUGCCUGGUUCGAAUUGGGAAAAAUAAUUCCGGAUAGUAACACAAUUUAUUCCUCUGUGUUGCCAGACCACUGGAUGAAGUAUUUCUUCCUGGCUCAUACUUAUUUAGAACAACUUAACAACGAUCAGUCUCUAAUGCUUUACAAAACUUUGUACAAUUUAGGCUUUCAAAAUUGUACUUACGUUCUGUCUCAAAUUGCGUUAGGUCAUCAUAACUGCAGAAAUUUAAACAAUGCAAUUGAAGUAUUCCAACAAAUUCUCAAACUGGAUCCUUACAGAUUGGACAAUUUAGAUACAUACUCGAAUCUUUUGUAUGUUCUUGAAAUGAAAAAUGAACUAGCUGAUCUAGCUCACAAAGUUGUAAAUAUUGAUAAAUAUCGUGUGGAAACCUGUUGCGUAAUCGGUAAUUAUUAUAGUUUGCGUUCAGAUCAUGCAAAAGCUGUUUUGUAUUUCCAAAAAGCUUUGAAAUUAAAUCCCCAAUUUCUGUCUGCUUGGACUCUAAUGGGUCAUGAAUUUAUGGAAAUGAAAAAUACUAAUGCUGCUAUACAAAGUUAUCGGCAUGCUAUCGAAAUCAAUGCUAGAGAUUAUAGGGCAUGGUACGGUUUGGGUCAAACAUACGAAAUUUUAAAAAUGCCCAAUUACUGCCUAUACUAUUACAAGCGAGCUCAGCAACUAAAACCAAACGAUAGUAGAAUGGUAAUAGCAUUAGGAGAUGCUUAUGAAAAACUAGACAAGACUGAGAAUGCGUUAAAAUGCUACUAUAAAGCCUGUAAUUUAGGCGACGUUGAAGGAAUUGCAAUCUUGAAACUAGCUAAAUUAUAUGACAAACUUGGCGAAACAGAAAACGCUGCGGCUGCUUUCACUGAAUUUUGUCUUCGAGAAGACGACAGAGAGAUGAAAUGCGUAGAAGAACAAGUGGAAUUUUACAAUGCUUUACAGUACUUGGCUAACUAUCAUCUAAAGAAAGGAGAUCUUGACGAUGCGUACACAUAUGCAUAUAAAUGUAUGGAGUGUGAAGAGACGAAGGAACCAGGUAAAGCCUUAUUGAAGACUAUAGCAUCAAAACGAGCAGAAUUAGAAGCUGGCCCAUCCAGACUCAACGAAACUGCUACCAGUAACACAGACAUGGUAUUUUCACCCAAUCCUUAAUAGCAAGUUGUUGUAAUUUGUUGUACAUUCAUAUAUAUUUUUACUGAAUUUCAAGAUUAAAUUUCCCUUCAA